GUUGGCGGCGGUUGAGGCGCGGCGGGGCCGGGCCGGGCCGGGGCCAACGGCGGCGGCGGCGGGGCCGGGCGCGGGGAGGCCGCGGGAGCCGCCGCCGCUCCCUCAGCGCCUCGCCAUGGACUCGGACGAGGGGUACAACUACGAGUUCGACGAGGACGAGGAGUGCAGCGAGGACAGCGGCGCGGAGGAGGACGAGGAGGACGAGGAGGAAGACGAGCCCGACGAUAAUCUGGACCUGGGCGAAGUAGAGCUGGUGGAGCCCGGGCUGCGCGUCGGCGGGGAGCGCGACGGGCUGUUGGGCAGCGACACGGGCGGGCUGGGCCCCGGCGGCGGCGGCGGCGGUGGCGGCCUGGGCGGCGGACCGGGCCCCGGCGGCGGCCCCGAGCAGGAGGAGGAUUAUCGCUACGAGGUGCUGACGGCCGAGCAGAUCCUGCAGCACAUGGUGGAGUGCAUCCGCGAGGUCAACGAGGUCAUCCAGAACCCGGCGACCAUCACUCGAAUACUGCUUAGCCAUUUCAACUGGGAUAAGGAGAAGCUGAUGGAGAGGUACUUUGAUGGCAACUUGGAGAAGCUCUUUGCAGAGUGUCACGUAAUUAAUCCAAGUAAAAAGUCGCGAACGCGCCAGAUGAACACCAGAUCAUCAGCCCAGGACAUGUCCUGUCAGAUCUGCUAUCUGAACUACCCAAACUCCUAUUUCACUGGCCUAGAGUGUGGACACAAAUUCUGUAUGCAGUGCUGGAGUGAAUAUUUAACUACCAAAAUAAUGGAGGAAGGCAUGGGACAGACCAUUUCAUGCCCUGCCCAUGGCUGUGAUAUCUUAGUGGACGACAAUACAGUUAUGCGUCUGAUCACAGAUUCCAAGGUUAAAUUAAAGUACCAGCAUUUAAUAACCAAUAGUUUUGUAGAGUGUAAUCGACUGUUAAAGUGGUGUCCUGCCCCCGACUGCCACCACGUCGUUAAAGUCCAGUACCCGGAUGCGAAACCCGUGCGCUGCAAAUGUGGCCGUCAGUUCUGCUUUAACUGUGGUGAAAACUGGCAUGAUCCUGUUAAAUGCAAGUGGUUAAAGAAAUGGAUUAAGAAGUGUGAUGAUGACAGUGAAACCUCCAAUUGGAUUGCAGCCAACACAAAGGAAUGCCCGAAAUGCCACGUCACCAUCGAGAAGGACGGGGGCUGCAACCACAUGGUCUGUCGGAACCAGAACUGCAAGGCGGAGUUCUGCUGGGUGUGUCUGGGCCCCUGGGAGCCCCACGGAUCUGCCUGGUACAACUGUAAUCGCUACAAUGAGGAUGAUGCAAAGGCAGCAAGGGAUGCACAGGAGCGAUCCCGAGCAGCCCUGCAGAGGUACCUGUUCUACUGCAACCGCUACAUGAACCACAUGCAGAGCCUGCGCUUCGAGCACAAGCUCUACGCUCAGGUGAAGCAGAAGAUGGAGGAGAUGCAGCAGCACAACAUGUCAUGGAUCGAGGUGCAGUUCCUGAAGAAAGCAGUCGACGUCCUCUGCCAGUGUCGUGCCACACUCAUGUACACUUACGUCUUUGCCUUCUACCUCAAAAAGAAUAAUCAGUCCAUUAUCUUUGAGAAUAACCAAGCAGACUUAGAGAAUGCUACAGAGGUGCUUUCUGGGUACCUGGAGCGAGAUAUAUCCCAAGAUUCGCUGCAAGACAUAAAGCAGAAAGUACAGGAUAAGUACAGAUACUGCGAGAGCCGGCGGAGGGUUUUGUUGCAGCACGUGCAUGAAGGCUACGAGAAGGACCUGUGGGAGUACAUCGAGGACUGAGCCCGGCCCCGCAGCAAUGAACUCUGAACCCUUUCCCAUCCUAGAGUGCUCAUGCAAUUCCAAUAAAACCCACCCAGGGCGCUGCUCCGCCUCUUACACCGCUGGUCUGUAGUACCGGGAUUCUGUUUUGUUAACAGAAAAAUUAAGUAAAUUAUAUUGUAAUAAAAAAAAAAGGUAGAUAAACCAUUGUACAACAGUAUUCUAGGCGGCCAAGAGUGUGACAGACGCACUAAAAAACCCUCCAACUUUAACUUGUAACGUAGCUUCAUCCUCCAAGCCGACUCCUUUUUCUUUUCUCUCUUUCUUUUCCUGUGUGUAGUACAGAUGAAACUUAAACCAGUUUCUUGACACUGCUUUUCAUGUCCAAACCAGCCAUUUUGAUGGACUUUGGUAAGGGGGGUGGCUCUCCCGCCCCCCUCCUCCUCUCUGCCACCCAAAUACAUGGAUGAAUGUGGAUUGGCUCAUUGUAAAGAGGAUUUUUGGGGAGGGAAGGAGGGGGGUACACAGCAAGGAAAAAAAAAACCCAACCUUUGUAUAUGACUUUUAAAACAAAAAGAGGACAACACAGUAUUUUUCAAAGUUGUAUAUAGCGCAUAUGCAUGGACAAAGAGCAAGCGUGGCACGUGUUUGCAUAAUGUUUAAUUACAAAAAAAUAUUUAUUCUUUAAAAAUCUUCAAGAUUAUGUCUA